AUGUCUUCUGAUGAUUUAGGUGGUUAAGAUGAAAAUUACGAAUCCAUACAACGAGACUCUCUAUGGAGAGACGAACAUCAGAUGGAAGUGUCAGCCCAACUCAUACAUUUCUUGGUCUUAGGACUAAUAUGCGGACUUAUUCUAAGAGAACUCAAUAAAAAGACUAAGUACUCACUCAGAUCAAUAAACUUAGCAUCCCCUACUCUCCCAUGAUCCUCGCUCUUGGUUUGGCCAUUGGUCUAUCCUAGGAAUAUUUGGGGAAAAUAGGGAAUAGUGCUUACAUUUUAUCUAAAAUGCAUCCUCACCUUAUAGUCUUCAUCUUCAUCCCAGUUCUGCUGUUUGAAUCAGCAUUUAAUUGUGACUGGUAUACUUUCAAAUACUAAAUUAUCAAUAUAUUGCUGUUGGCAGGUCCAGGUUGCGGAUGGGUAACAUUUUAUAGAAUAUAUGAAGGGUGCUAUAUUAUUGGGGGCAUGCUUUAAGCUCGUUCUCUAAUACAGCGAUGAGGACAUGAACUGGUAUGAGGCAUUCACUUUGGGAUCAGUUUUAUCUGCAACCGACCCAGUUGCUGUGGUUGCUUUACUAAAAGAGUUGGGAGCCAAUCCAGCAUUUAACCACUUGAUCGAAGGGUAUGAAGGAAACGAUAUAUUUUAGGGAAGCAUUGCUUAAUGAUGGAGUUGCAAUGGUCUUCUUCAAUGUUUUUAACAAUAUAUCAAAAGCCUCGAGUGGAAAAGGUGAAGCCGUUAACGGAGGUGAUAUCGUGCUAACUUUCCUCAGAACUUCAUUCUUAGGACCCAUAAUGGGUUUGGUAUUGGGCUUGUUGGUUGCAUUAUGGACUAGAAGAAUAUUAGGAGAUGAUAUCGAAGUGACGUGGUUGACAUUUGUGUUUACAUAUUUUACAUUUUAUUGGGCGGAAUUUGAGUUUUUCAAAACAAGUGGAUUGUUAGCAGUAGUAGGUCUAGGUUUGUUCUGGUGUGCUCAUGCAAAGACAAGGAUAAGGGCAUCAGUUGAACAUUCAGUCCAUGCGGUUUGGGGAUUUGUCUAAUAUAGUUGUGACACUUUGGUGUUCCUGUUGGUAGGCAUCAUUGUUGGGAUAGAAAUAAUGGAGGAGAAGUUAAUUUUAACAUCAGAUUAUUACAAAAUGGUAGGGUUCUAUUUCUUGAUGAUUUUGGCAAGACUGCUGAUGGUGCUAACAUUCUAUCCAUUUCUCAAAUGUAUGAAUGACUAUAUUGUUUAGGUUUUGGUUACCCAAUCUCAAAGUCCGAGUUGAUUGUCUUGGUGUAUGGAGGAUUGAGGGGAGGACUGGGACUAACACUCUCAUUAAUGGUUGGUUGUGAUGAGGAUCUGCCUGCCCGUUUUAGACAUUUAGCUGUCUUCUAUGCUGCAGCCAUGGCCCUAAUUACCAACAUGAUCAAUGGAACUACUUGCAAGACCUUGGUGAAAUGCGUUAAAAUGAUAGAUGAACCCAUUGUGAAAAAGAAGGUGUAUAAGAAAUAUUUGGAGGAGUUGAUUGUCAUUCAAUAGGAUUUAGUCAAGGAAUUGGAGACUGAUGAGUUCUAUAACAUGACUGAUUGGGUCACUGUUAACAAUCUAAUUGGACAGCAGGAUUUUAUUGAAAAAAUUGACAAAGUGGAAUAGGAGAUCAAGCAUAUGAUAUAGAAGAGGGGAUUUUAAGAAAUGAUUUAUGAAGGAUUGCCAAAUCAGGAAGUUUUUGGAGAAGUCAGAUAUAGAUUCUAUAGAAUCCUUAAGGGAUUGUAUUACCAUAAAUAUGAAGAAGGUCUUUGCGAAGAAUAGACAGUAAGAAUGUUGGUGGAGUCUAGUGAUGUUGGCUUAGAUAAAUUGAGUGAUAACCUUGAAAUUUGGGAUGAAUUGUAUAAGAACUUUAUGAAUCUCUGCAGUGUCAAUUUCUUUUUCAAAGUAAAACAGAAGUUUCUGAUUGGAUAUUUCGCCAGAGAAUACUUAAUUAGACAUCUAGGUCUGGUCUAUGAUGUUACAUCCUCAUUCAUUAUUUGUGCAGAAGAGGCAUUAAAACUGGCAAACAAUUUCCCUAUGAAUAAAGAGGCCAUAUCUAUUAUUUAAGAGGAAUUAAAAAAGGAAAUUGAAAAGGCUCAGUCUUACUUUGGUACUUUGAAUGGAAGUUUCCCUGAAAUCGUCAGAGUGCUUUAAACCAAAAAGGCUUCCUUUUCCGUCCUAACUCACUCCAUAGAACAUGUGCAAUCCACUUAGCGACGAGGUCUUAUUGAUGAUAAGGAAUAUAAAAUCUUAAUGAAAGAUAUUAACAUGAAACUUGUCAAACUGGAAAGUCAUUCAUAUGAUAUGAGUUUGCCCUCUUUCCACGUUAUUGCCAUGCAAUUCCCUAUAUUUCAGGAGAUAUCUUUGAGCGAUCUGGACAUUAUCAAAAAGGUGGCUGUGGAACGGAAGUAUGCUCUUGGCUAAGUGAUCUAUUCAAAGGGCAGCGAAUGCAAUGAAGUCUACAUUAUUAUGAGAGGCUAUGUUGUGAAUGACUAUAAUGGAAUUCUCAUUACUAAGGGAUUAGGAUCCUUGAUUACCCAUUAAAGUCUCAUUGUAGAUGGUAAUCAUCUGAGCACGGCAAAGGCAGCCGUCGAAUCUCUAUUGUAUGCUUUACCAACCAAGGUUAUCAAAGAAAUUAUGAUCAGGAAUAAGGAUUUUGAAUUUAAGGUGUAUUUACACUCAAUUGGUAUUUGUUUUGUUAAUUUCGUGUAUUAGAAUACAUCAGAAAAUGGCACGAGAAUCAAGUUGGUCCUCUGGCUCAAAUGGAAUUGAAGCGAUUGAAUGAACUGCUUAGAAAUAAAUCCAGAUUAGUCAAACUAACUACGCUAUCUCAAAUCGAAUUCCUUAAUGGAGGCUUCUUGUUUUCUGGAGAAUUACGUGAUCCUAAACAUAACGUAUAUAAUAAAUAUGAGUAAGGCUCUAUAUAUAUAUCCUUUAAGUUAUAUUGCACCAACUGAAGGAUUAUUUACUGCAGCUGGCAAUUCGACUUGCUUCGUGUUUGAUGAAUAGAUUGAAGUGCUCCAGUCUAAACGAAUGAAGGAAUUGAAAUUAGACAGUCAGAGGGAUCAAGAGAUUCACGAGAAGUACUCAGAAAUAAAGAGAAAUUCCGUUUUGGAGUUAAGCAAAAUAAAUAUUACCUGAAU